CUACCUACCUAUCUACCUAUCUCUCUCUCUCUCUCUCUCACUCACUCUUUCCCUCUCUCUCUCUCUCUUUCUCUCUCUCUCUCUCUGUCUGUCCGUUUGUCUCUCUCUUACACAUAUUCUCUCACUCACUCUCUUAUUCUCUCCCGAUCACAUCUCGAACCGUGUCACGUAUCUGCUUUUACUCGUCUUGUCUCUGUGAUGCUUUACCAUCGAGAGGAGAUCCUACGACGAUCUCUCCGAAGAUUCUUUCUGUACGCGUGAUCAUCGUUACAGAGUUGUACGAAUAUUAACGUAUCCAGUGGUUCACGUUAUAUCUGAACGUUAUUCGAUAGCCACGUCGAAAUUCUUUUCGACGAGCUAGACGAAUUAAACCGGAGAAAGAAAAAUUCGAUUGCGGACCACCUGAAGCGAGUUCAGUGUUGUUGCCUAGGUAAUCGUGAAAGACUCGAGGAAGAAGUGUUCGAUAUUUCUCGUCGACUUGACUCGACUAAGACUUGACUUGAGUUGCGUUGAGUUGAGUUGAGUUGAGUUGAGUUGAGUUGAGUUGAAUUGAAUUGAGUUGAAUUGAGUUGAGUUGAAUUGAAUUGAGUUUACUUAUUUCUUCUUUUAUGGAACUUACAACAUCUUUUCCAAAAAACACGAAGAUAAAUAAGAAAGAUCAUAAUUGUUUGACGGGCUAUCAAGUAUUUCUAAAAGGAAUUACCAUAGUCAAAUUUCAAUAUACGUCAAAUAUACGUUGGUCCUAAUCGUUCGUUUCGCCAAUUAACAACGAAUACGGUUUCUGGUGUUCUAAACGUGUUCGAUACAUCGUGCAAUGUUACCUCACCUUUUGCCGUUUGACUCGUCGCGCGUCGUAUUAGAUUCCGGAACGUUAAAUAAAUCUUUCUACGUAGGAAAUAAGACGCCACGUCUUAAAACGGUGACUUCCGUAAAUUCACGAGAGAAAAAUUCAUUUUUGGUAUCGAAGAUUCGAUAAUGAGAAUUAACGACGAAGACAUUGCGCCAAUGCGAUCGUUUAAAUAUUAUUAAACGGCAACUUUAACGGAUCUAAUGUGUAAUUUUGGAUGUGUGCUACGAAGGAAUUCCUUUAAGUUAAGUUUUGAUGUUUCGACGACGACUAUUGUCGACAUAAUUGGAAGAAAGUGAACAACAUCCGAAGAUAGGCCUUGAGUUUGCUGUCUAACAGAAAAACAAAAUAAAUUGCCUAUAUAUACAUAUAAUUAAUUUAUCUAUUAUCAAUUAAAAAAUCAGUAUUAUUAUUAUCAUUAUCAUUAUUAUUAUAAAAUGGAGAAAAUUGACUAACAUGCAUACGUAGAUAUAGAAAUGCACAAAAUAUACGUCGUCGAAUGACAUUUUUAAUGAAAUUACAUAUACUACCUCGUAUAUACCUAACCAAGAGAUUUUUCAUCACGCGUGUGAUAUAUUACAACAGUGAUAUAUUACAACAUAGACAAAAGAAAUGUUUAAUUAACGAAUAUCUAAGAACCUAUAUAUCUCAUUAAUUUUUUUAUCUAUCUUUUUCUCUUUCUCUCUUUUCUACUCUCUGCAAUCAAAUUUUCAAGCAAAAUGCAAAGAAAUUGUUCGUAAAUUAAUACGUCGAGAAGAAAGUGGAACGGAGUGUGGUUAUUAUUUUCAAAUGCAUCGCCCAGAAAACGUCGAUAGAGACGAAAUAGCAGUCGAGAAGCCAAGGAUGUCACGUGAAUCCCUCCACAGAAGAUAGGACACGUUUCAUAAAGUUUCAUGCUCGCUACGAGCAAGAGGAAAAAGUUUCUUCCACUUCGGUGAGCCGAUAUGCUCGACGACACGGCCGUAGGAAGUCGAAAACCGAUACGAUAGAGAAGGGAAAGCGAUCUCUGAUAAGCCGUGAGCAGCAAUCAAACAAUCCCUCACUAUGACAGGUCGGGCAUCUCACCAGAUGGAUGAAAACGGCGACACCAAAGGAACGGUAGAACAACGAUAGGACGUUACCGCUUGCGGCUGCAGCUGCGGCGUCGAUCGCUGCAUCUGCAGCUGCGGCGGCAGUGGUGGUGGUGGUGGUGGUGGUGGUGGUGGUGCAAUUAGGCGGCAUAAUGAUGCAAAACACCGGCGACUAUUACCAAAGGGCACCGAGAUGUUGUCCCGGACGAAAUGGGGGGAACACCGAUUCCCUAAGAAUCAGCAGUUCGGUACGAGGUGCUGAAUUGCUUUGUUGUUGCUGUAGCUGCAGCACGUCCACUUCAACGAACACACCAGGAUUAUUAGCCAGUCUUGGUGUCUGUGUUCUUGUUCUUGGUUACACCCUGCUUGGUGCUUUCGCUUUUAUGGCGUUAGAGGGUGGCCUUAAAUCGGAGUCUUUGAUAGACGCAUCAUCGAAAGUUGCAAAGAACGAGGAAGGAUCUUACAGUCUUUCAACAUUGGAAGACGAAAAUGUUGCCACUGAGUUAAGGGAAAGGACAGUCGAAAGACUUUGGAGUAUAACCGAAGAUUUGAAUAUUCUUUACAAGGAAAAUUGGACGCGACUGGCGACGAAAGAAAUUCUUGAGUUUCAAGAAAAUCUUUCGCGUGAUUUAAAGCGUACGUCAACACCUUAUGAAUCGGUACCACCAACUCAUCAAGCGCGAGAUACCGAAGUGGAUAAACGACGAUGGACGUUCAGUGGCAGUUUGCUUUAUUCCCUAACACUCAUUACUACCAUAGGAUACGGUAAUGUAACUCCACGUACAGUCUGGGGUCGUCUAAUUACCAUAAUCUACGCUCUAGCUGGUAUACCUCUUAUGUUGGUUUAUCUAAGCACAGUAGGUGACGUUCUUGCUAGAAGUUUCCGACGUUUGUACGGUCGCAUGUGCAUUCCACGAAAUUGCAUUAAAAAACAACAACCACCACCGCCUCCGCCGCCGGUCGGUGGUAUCACAAGCAAGUCCUACCGUUAUGAUAAUCAUAUAGAAACAAAGACGGGGAAUUAUUAUUCAACUAGUCGCGAUAGUUCCUGCGAUGAUCUUGGGACACGAGGUACGAACAGUGCCAUUUUACUCGACUGUGGUAGCGAAGGCCUCUUACAUGCUACUACUAGUUCAACGACCGCACUUCAGGAUACAAUGGCAGGCAAUGGUAAACGUCAUUUGCAACCAUGUUCGUUGUCGCCAUCCUCGACUUCAUCACCGGCGUAUAUGAUGGAAACAUAUUCUGUGAGAAUACCGAUUAGUUUGUGCCUGGUAAUAAUGCUACUAUAUAUAUGCGGCGGUGCAGUGAUGUUCAAUCGUCUGGAGGGUUGGAGUCUUCUAGAAGGUGGAUACUUCUGCUUCACGAGUCUCGGAACCAUCGGAUUCGGAGAUUUGAUGCCGACUGGACAUAAUGCACCAUCAACUACAUUGGAAGAACUCAGCCUGUGUGCCUGCUCGUUGUAUAUACUCGCUGGAAUGGGCCUGAUAGCCAUGUGCUUCAACCUCGUCCAGGAGGAGGUGGUACGCGUGGUCAGGGUCUUCGGUAGAACCUGUGGCAUGUCAUCGGGUGUGGUGGUCGGCCCUAUUGGUGGUACAGGGACCACACCUGGAAUCAAAACCGAACUUGACGAUGGAGGAGGUACCAGUGAUUCAAGAUUGUCAGAACAAGAAGAAGAAGCGAUCGCCAUGUCCACGGUGCCGUCAUCCUGACAACACCAGGCCAGGAUCCCUAGU